AUGGACCUGGUGUACCGGCACCUUGUGAACCUCGUUCAGCUGCCGAGGCUUACCGACGUUGCGAUCAAUUACGAUCCCUGGGUUAACGAACCAACGGCCAUGUUUUCCGCUUCACAUCUGCCGUUCCUGAAGUCUCUGCAACUCGAGGGCGAGGGUUUCUAUUUCAGCCGGUUCUUUCCCUCGGAAUCGCCGUGCUUCGGGCUGGAGCGGCUGGUGAUUGCGAAUUGCAUCUUGGACCGGCUUCCUGACGACCUUGGAGAGAUUUUGCCGUGCCUCCGCGAGCUGACGCUUCGCCGGUGCUCUGGACUCUCCCGGCUGCCUGAUGAUUUCACGUCUCUGACCCAAUUGGAGAGCCUGACAAUCUCCUCAUGCUUCCGGUUUUCCAGCCUGCCCGACAACUUCGGUAGCGUGCCUGCCCUGAAAACAUUGUCUCUGCGCAUGCUGGCCUUGACGAACCUUCCUGACUCUAUUGGACGACUUGGAUCCCUCGAAAAAGUUACCAUGUACAUGCUCCCUCUCACGGAACUCCCUGAAUCCUUCGCCAAUCUCAAAUCCCUGAAGACCCUGCUCAUGGUUGGUUGCCGCGAAAUCCGCCAGCUUCCUGCGAAUUUCGGCCGCCUAGGAGCUCUCAAGACGCUCUGCAUGGUGAAGCAGAUGGAGUUGAAGCUUCCCGUGGGAUUGGGGGGAAUGGAUGCCAUCCGGAGGAUUUAUCAGGGAGAGGUCUUCAACCAGCUGCAACUCCCGGGUUCACUCACUCAGUUGACUUCGUUGACUCGGCUUGACUUGGAUUUCAUUUCGGAUGAGAAGCUUCCUGAGGGCAUCGGGAAGCUGAAUCAGCUGCGGCAGCUGCACAUCCAGUGCUGUUUCGAUCUCAGGCGGAUUCCAGAGUCCGUGUCAGGGUUGACUAACCUGGAAACCCUCACAAUUGGGAUGUGCAGCCAGCUCGUGUCACUUCCCAGUAAUCUCGGUACUCUUGCGAAGCUCAAACGGCUGGAGAUUAUGGGCUGUCACCCUGCAGUAUGGCUGAACGGACCUCCAAUUUCCCUGCCGACCUCUCUUGAGUCCCUUAGCUUGGGAAGCUACAACCAGACCAUGCAUCUGUCAACAAUCCCUAUGCUGCCAAAGCUCAAGAAGCUGACACUGAAUAUGGCCAAUGUGGAGUGUGGGGAAGCUGAUGUGCCUGUACCCAAUCCAUUGCCUCGGUUAGAGCAUCUGGAGUUGGUGUUGGCAGAAAAUGCAGAAGAGCUCGCAUUCCCCUUGGCCUCCCUCCCUCACCUGCGAUUUCUGGUCAUCUCCAGGGCCGGUAACAUCGAGAAGCUUCCAGGAAGCAUCGGCUCGGAUCUGAAGCAGCUCCGGCGUUUGCAGAUAGAGAAUGCUCGAGGGUUGAUGGUGCUGCCAGAUACGAUCUCCCAGCUUCAGCAUCUGACCUGCUUGGAGGUUCAUGCUCCAAAGCUCGCUUCCCUUCCUGCCAGCAUCGGUGCAUUAUCCAAGCUACGGGAGCUCGAUCUGUCAGACUGCUCUGCCCUUGAAAAUCUCCCUGCUUCGCUCACCCAGCUUGCCUGCCUGAACAAGCUGAAUCUUAGAAACACUGCCAUCCGCUUGCUUCCAGGAAACUUUGUGCAGCUGACCCGGCUCAAGACACUUGAUCUUUCGGGUUGUGGCCGCUUGGAGGGUCUCCCAGAAGACUUACCUAAGCUUGAGGUUUUGCAGUUUCUGGGUGUCAGGGAUUGCACUCAUGUGCUGUCCAGUGAGCCAUAUUGGGUCAUGAAGGACCAUGCCAUCAAUAACAUGUAUGGGUUGACGAUUCAACACUAA